AUGAACAUUCGAAAUGAACUCAGAAAACUCGCAGCCAGUACCACUGGACAGAUCAACAUCAAUGAAAAUCAAAUUGACGAGGUAUGUCAGUAUUUGCAAAUGUAUCAGUAUUGUAAUUUUAUUCCAAUAUUACUCAAUUGUAUAACGAGUUUUGGUAUUAUCGAUGACCAGGAUGAAGUAAUAACCACUCUGCAAACAUUCAUUAGUGAAAAUAGGAGCACAUCGAACAAUAUAGCUGACACAAGUAAAACUCUGAAUAAUAUAUUUCGAGGACUGACUAAUCAACAUAUGACACUGAUCAAAAUCGUUGUUCAAUAUUCACCGUUAGUAAUUAUGUUCAAAAAGUAUGAGUUGCACAGUCAAAAUGGACGACGACGUUUUCUCGAACUGAGAGAUAAUUUAACAACUCAAUUUCAGUUACAAGAACGUAAUAACCUCGUAUUAAACGCGUUGAUCAUCAUUCAUACGGUUUGUGAACCGUUUUGUUUAAAAGCACAAUCGUUGUCGCAGUUUCUCUCCCGAAUACAAAAACUGAAUAAUGUUGACGAAUCACUAAAUCAGUUAGAUAUAUGCUAUAAAAAUCUCCAGCUGAUCAAUGGCUGGCUAUCGAGCGAUUCGAGCUCCUUGGAAAAUGCUAUCAUUAUUAUGGAAUAUUUGUACAAAACGGGCACGAUAUAUGUAUUUUUAAAACACCUCGUCGGUGAAAAGUCAUACUUUGAAAUACGAUAUUAUCUAGAACCACAUGAUUCGGAUAGCACUGACCAAGACCAUGAGUCUCCACCAAAGAAGAAAACGCAUCAGAUAAUGUCAAUGACGGAUUUUGCUGAUCACAAACGUCAGUUAACAUUUUGUAAUGUUGACGUCAGUGAUGUAGCUCAAAAGAAAAUCAUGCUAGUGCAACAACUGAAAUUGCUCAAAAGAUUGGAAAAUUUGUUCUCAAGUUUGAUAAGUUUAGAAAAUCAAGGACAUCCACAAUACCAAGAUCAAUGUAUUGUAUAUACAAUUGGUGAUAACUCAAGAGCAUUGGCAUCCAUUCUCCAAAGUUUAAAAGAUACUGAAGUUCACGUCGGUGAUGAAAGCAGAGAACAGUUUCAAAUCGCAAAGCAGAAUGAACUGAAAUCGGUUCUUGAUAGUUGA